AUGAACACACUUUGCUUUCUCACUCUUUCUUUGUUUUCCCUUUGUUUCAUUGCUUCUUUUUCUCAUGCUCUAAGCAAUGGUUUUAGUGUUGAACUCAUCCACCGUGACUCCCCAAAAUCACCAUACUACAAACCUACCGAAAAUAAAUACCAACACUUUGUCGAUGCAGCACGUCGUUCCAUCAAUCGUGCCAAUCAUUUCUUUAAAGAUUCUGACACAAGUACACCUGAAUCAACUGUAAUCCCCGAUAGGGGUGGUUAUCUCAUGACCUAUUCAGUUGGUACCCCUCCAACUAAGAUAUACGGUAUUGCUGAUACAGGUAGUGACAUUGUUUGGCUUCAAUGUGAGCCUUGUGAACAAUGUUACAACCAAACCACUCCCAUUUUUAAUCCAUCAAAAUCAUCUAGUUACAAAAACAUUCCUUGUUUGUCUAAGCUAUGUCAUUCUGUGAGAGACACCUCUUGCAGUGACCAAAAUUCUUGUCAAUAUAAAAUUAGUUAUGGAGAUUCUUCACAUUCACAAGGAGAUCUUAGUGUUGAUACUCUUUCAUUGGAAUCCACCAGUGGAAGUCCUGUUUCAUUUCCUAAAACAGUGAUAGGUUGUGGAACUGAUAAUGCGGGGACGUUUGGAGGUGCAAGCUCUGGUAUAGUUGGCCUUGGAGGCGGGCCGGUGUCUCUCAUAACACAAUUGGGAUCAUCAAUUGGUGGUAAAUUCUCUUAUUGUUUGGUGCCAUUGUUGAACAAGGAGUCAAACGCAUCAAGUAUACUCAGUUUUGGAGAUGCCGCUGUGGUUUCGGGUGACGGUGUUGUGUCAACUCCUCUAAUAAAAAAAGACCCCGUUUUCUACUUUUUGACAUUACAAGCAUUUAGUGUUGGAAACAAAAGAGUAGAAUUUGGAGGCUCUUCGGAAGGUGGUGAUGAUGAAGGUAACAUCAUAAUUGAUUCAGGUACAACAUUGACACUUAUACCUUCCGACGUCUAUACUAACUUGGAAUCAGCUGUGGUGGAUUUGGUGAAACUAGAUCGUGUUGAUGAUCCUAAUCAACAAUUCAGCCUAUGCUAUAGUUUGAAAUCAAAUGAAUAUGAUUUUCCUAUAAUCACCGCACAUUUUAAAGGUGCCGAUAUUGAGUUGCAUUCUAUUAGUACCUUUGUUCCAAUUACUGAUGGUAUUGUUUGCUUUGCUUUCCAACCAUCUCCUCAACUUGGUUCCAUCUUUGGGAACUUGGCUCAACAAAAUUUGUUGGUUGGUUACGAUCUUCAACAAAAAACAGUGUCGUUUAAACCUACUGAUUGUACCAAAGUAUCCAAGAACAGAGAUGAAGAUGAAGAUGAAUCAUACAAACACAAGAGGUUGACAAUUACAAACAUUGCACAAGGAGGCAGAAGAGGUACAUACAGACACUUGGUUUUACUGCCAGAACACAACAGUAAUACAUUUAGAAAACAGGACAAUUACUCAGUUGUAGAGAGUAAAAUUGCACAAGGAGGCAGGAGAGGUACAUUGGAUGCUCUAUGCAAAAUUCAUCUUGUUUAUAAGGCAAUUUUAUUGUUCACAAAACUUAAUGACAUUGAGGAGUGUCAUAGGAACCUUGCGCAGAGGCUAGGAGGUAGCGCAGAGGAGUUGAAACAUUGGAGCAAGACGCACUGCAAUCAGCUACGUAAUGACAUUGAGGAGUGUCGUAGGAACCUUGCUAGAUUCCGUGGGUCUGCUGAUGCUGAAUUUUUUGAGAGCCUUCAAUGGAAAAUGACUCAGUUACUAGUACAAGAAGACGUCUAUUGGAGGCAAAGAGCUAAAAGUCAUUAG